CCGGCGUACACGCCCUGCACGCCGCGGCACGGCCCCGCGUCGUUCUCCACUCUUCCCGUGGCGCUCGUGCACCGCAUCCUGAUGCUGGCGCUUGAUCCCUCCGCCACGCCAGACGUCUGGGCAUGGGAUCUCGAAACGGAGCGUGUGCGCCGUCUUCACUGGCUCUUUCUCGACGUCCGCGCAGUGAACCGCCGCCUCUACCUCAUCGCCACAUCCAUCCUCCGCGACCGCCUCCUCCCCACAUACACCGCGCGCCUGCACGUGCACUCGUCCGCUCCUCUGCGGCCGGGCGCGGACGCCACAGGCCAGCCCGUGUUCGCGGCCCGCUCGCGCGAAGCUGCGGUGCUCGACCGCUUCGUGGCGAUGCGCCUCGGCGAGGAUCUGCGGCGCCUGGAAAGCACGCUGUCGGAAGAUAGCGGCGAGGAGGAGGUGCUCUUUGCGCGCUUGCAGCCGGCCGCGCGCGUCGAGGACCUCCUCCUCCACUUGCCUCCACACCUCAUCACUCCGCCACCGGCCGAUGGUCGCUGCCUAGGCGAGCUCCGGCAGGCGCUGCCCCUCCCGCAUGCGCAUGUCGCAGUCACCCUCAGCCCGCUGUGGGCGCAGCUGUGGCUCAGCUACAGCCCCGUUAACGUGCCAAAUACGCGAGGCGGGCGGGCAGGACGCAGCCUCGUCGUUGAAGUGCGUCGCGAGAAGAGUCCCGAGGUCAUGGUCAAGGCGUUUAGCCAGGCCCUCGAGUGGCUCAGCCGCGGGCGCAUUGCCUGGGGA